CACACACACACACACACACACAGAGAGUGAACAAGACUCAUGCUGGUAAGAACAGGAUCAGAAGUGCAGACAUGGACACACACCGCACACACACACUCCAUCAGCAGGUGCUCAUGUGUUCACAUCAAAACUGCAGCUGUGAGUGUUUCCUGCCUGAACGACUCGACCUGAGGUCAUGUAACCGCUGCAAACACGGAUGGGUCACUCAUGCUCUUAGUAAGCUGCGUGUGUGUUCAGAUCAGGUGGAGGUUGUUCACUCGGGUGUUGUGUGUGACCUCAGUGCUCUGAUGCUGUUCCACACACACGCUUUUCCUGUGAGAAUGAAGAUCCUCCUGGACCGGCUCUUCAGUGUCCUCACACACCAACACGUCCUCAACAUCCUACACACACACUGCUGGACACUGAGUGAUUACAUCCGAGGAUACAAGCUGCAGGACUCAUCAGGGAAGGUUCUGGAUCACUGGGUGAUCAUGGCUCCUGAAGACGAAUUCCAAAUGCUACAUCAGUUUUUACGUUUCGGUGAAACAAGGUCCAGCGCAGAGCUCAUGCUCUCCCAGCUCUCAGCUUCCAUCUCCAAACCGGGCCGAGAUCACCACCUUUACAUCACAGAACAUCAUCUACUGACCAACGGCAUCAUUAGGGGUCAAGGGUCACCUGGACUGAGCCAUGUAGUAAAUUUUUCUGGGGACAUGCAGAAGUGCAGGGAGACGUCCCCGUCCAACCUGCACACGAUUCAGUCACAAUUCUAUCAUUUACAGCGAGACCGAGAGUCAAGGCGUGGAGAGACGGCAGAACCUGAAGCUGGAGAUGAGAAGAAACACAGAGGAGCGAGGGAUCGGCGUUCCUGCGUGUUUUCCGUGAGAAAGUCUCGCGUGAGCUGCUUCGUGUGCGGGAAAACGUUCUACGACAGAGGAACGCUGAAGAUCCACCACAAUGCGGUGCAUCUUAAAAUCAAACACCGCUGCACCGUGGAGGGCUGCGACAUGCUGUUCAGCUCGCUCCGGAGCCGCAACAGACACAGCGCUAACCCCAACCCACGUCUGCACAACACACACCACACACACGCCACACACUCCAACGCAAGUCCGUGGGCCUCGUUACGAACCCCCAUGUCUCCAGUACAGGAUGUGAAAAUAUCCAGCACAGCCAUGCUAGCACCUGCUACCACUUCAAGCGUUUAUGCUUCUGUUAACAUGAAUAACUACACAGAAAUGAUCGAUCAGCAUCAAAUGCCAAUUCAUGGUCUUGACAGUGCAUGGGGCGGGGCUUCAACUCAAUUCUGGACCAAUCAGAGUGAGUGUAAAGGAGUCAUUGGUGCACCAGCCAGGAAGAAAUCACGCAAAUCCACAAAGCCGAUGAAGUUCAAAAUGGAGACAUGUGAUGAUCACAAACAGCUCGCAUCCCAUAAACACCAGUGAGAGGAAGUGCAGCAGAUACACCUGGAAAAGAAUGAGAAGAUAAACAGGAAGUGCGCAUUUCUGCGAUGACCUUUAACCCCUCUGUACUGUUAUGUGUUUUCACGUGAUGGUGAUGUGAUUUAAGUGUUUUUUUGUGUGUGUUUCAGUACAGAAUUCUAAA